GCGGCGAUUGCUGGCGGCGGCGAAGAUGGCGCUAAACUUUUGGCAAUCGACGCAUUACUUACACUGGAUGAAGAACCUUCGCUUGGAGGACCUCAAGCGGAUCAACCCGAAAGACACGUCACUAUCCCUGGCAGAAGUCGACAGCAUUCACCUCGCCAUGAUAGCGCUCAUCGAGGAGUUGGGUGCGCGCAUUCACGUGAACCAAAUCAUCAUUUGCACAGCGAUCAUCCUCUACAAGCGCUUCUACCUCACCCAAAGCUUUACCGACUUUGACCCGCGCCUCGUCGUGUGCACGGUGAUGGUGUUGGCGACCAAGAUCGAAGAGUUCCCCGUGCGUUUGCCAGAGAUCACAAGUCCCCUGCAUGAACUCACGACCAGUACAUGCUUCUCGUCCUCUACCUCGAUCCUCACGUACCCUCCCGUAGAAAUACCCGAGGACAAGGACGCCAUGUAUGACUUUACCGAGAAAGAUGUGAUCGAAUGCGAGUUUUACGUGAUCGAAGCCACGCAGUACGACUUGGUCAUCCACCAUCCGUUUAGCACGCUGGUCAAGGUGUACGAGGAGGUCGAAGAGACGUUUCCUAUGUACGACCACAGCUUCAAGACAGCAUGGUUGUACUUCUGCCUCCUUCCAUGUUGGGCGUCAUGGAACUUCACGUAGGGACCUGUGUCUGUUUGCGUACCGCACACACAUCGUUCUUCUGCGCCCGCCGUUCCUCGUUGCGCUUGCUGUCGUGUACCUCGCCCUCCAAGACGCAUGCUACGACACGUCCGACUACCUCGACCGCGUCAACAUCAAGAGCGAGCACAUUCUUCAAGUUGUGGCGGAACUGCAGUCGACGUUUGUCGAGGUCCAGUCGCUCAUGGCCGCGCAAUCGGCGGCCCUCGCCAAGCUCGAACACAUUGUGCCCGACCCGACCAAGGAUUAACUGCAAUGUGUGGAUUUUGGAGAGAAAAUUGCCAAUUAAUUAGUGAAAAAUAAAAG